AUGGCGAUUUGCGCCUACGAAUUACAUAAAAUCAUACAAAAACUGGUGAUCAGCGCCUGUGAAAAAAAAUAUAUACUAAAAGUUCAUAAAAACGGAUGCGUUCAGUGGUUUAAAGACCAGGGCAGGUACCCAAAUACAAUGGUAAUAUUAAGAGGCACUAUAUGCGCGGAACGUAAUUGUGUAACGGCUGGACCUACCCAACAGUACCAUAUACACCAGGUACACCGGGCCACCGUACGGCGUACGGUAUGUAACUUUAAACUAAUAAUAAUAAUAAUAAUAAUUCAUGGUUAUAACUUUAACUUAAUCUAUAAUAUUGUUGAUUCUAAGUGAAUUCCGGUUGAUAGUUUUGUUUUGUCAACAAUAUGUAUGUCAUAUUAUGGUAAAAUAAUUAGUUAUGCCUUAAAAAUUGUCUUUAAUAAUAUUUAUUUAAUAUUGUACCUGUUUUCCGGUUCCCAUCGUGUAAUUUCCCGAUUUUUAUACUCAUUGGAAAAACUAAGAUAAUAAAAAUAUUAAAAUACCUAAAUAAUCUACCUAAUCUUAAAAUACCUCCUCAAUCAGAUUUCCUUUCAGAAGAAGUGUUACACUUGUAAAUUAGAGCAUAAUUUCUGGUAGAAAAGUUAUUCACAGAUAAUGAAAAAUUAAUAAUAAUAAUAACCAUCGUAAAACCAAUACAAAAUUAAAAAAAAUAUUAGUAUUGGCCGUGCUUUAUAAUACAUUGUUUGAAGCGAUUCGUGUAGUUUUAUAUUUUUACUCCGUAGACGAACCAAACAAAUUCCUGGUGAUUGACCCGAGCUGGAUGACCGGGGACGGUACUGAAUGCGACAAGGUGGGUGUGAAACCGAAGGCAUUUAACGAUCAACCGAAUAGGUGUUACCGGCCACGAGGCAGCUGUCUGGGAAGGCAGCCGAUCGACCUAAUGCGGAAAAUGGCCGACUUGGCAGUUGACACACGCGUGUUUGUCGGUGACUACGUGCAAGGCCGGAUACGAUACGAUGGUGCAACCGAACAAUUGAUAGCGGAGGGCUAUCAGCCCUCCGUUGACGUAAUGACAGCGACCGCAGUCAGCGACACGGUGUGCAUGCAAGGUGUGGUAGAAAUCAGUUAUGACGACAACGGCGUAGUCACCAACGACAGACGGUAA